AUGUUAGUCGUUUAUAAGGUAUAUACGCAGAGGCAAUACGAUGUCGCUCGUCAGGCCGCUACGACGGACGAGGGGGCGGCCGAUGAUGGCAUAGAGAGUCUCUUUGUCUACGUCCGUCGCAUGGUACAGAGGUUCAUGACGCGUACGCCCGGGGCCCCCCAAGCCGAGCCAACACCGAUGGAUUGGAUUCUCGAGACGCGGACGUAUGGCAUGCACAUACAGUAUAACACGCCGGCAGACGGCGUAAUCGACUGGGUAGGCGACCGCAUAUCGUAUCGGCGCGUACGGUUUACCAUGGACCAGUUAUCGGACAUGCUCCACGGCGUCGUCGACGAGGCCAGGCUGCUAUUAGCGCAGCUCACGAUGGUCACAGGCGGGGACGAGCAGGGCGACGCAGUGUCGGACAGCAGCCAGGCGAGGAGCUGUCUAGACGAAGCGCUGCCGCGUAUUCACUGGCCGUCGAUCGAGGACGACCAUAGCGAGACCCGAGAGGGUUACUCGUUUCUAUACGACGACCGCAACGCGUGGCUGAGGGAAGGGGACGGGUGGGUGUUCCGGCGUAUCGUGGGGUCCCAACCGCGGCGGCGUCAGUGGGGUAUAGAGGGACCGACGUCGGGCAGCAGGGCGUUCAGGGAGGAGGUAGUGCGCGAGGGGCCAGCCGGGACGGGCGACGGAGAUGGGUAG